AUGGGGUGGUGGUGCCACCGCACUUCACCGGACCAACAGGUGCUGGAGGGCAACACACCCAACGUGGAUGUCACGGCACCAGGAGCAAUUCUCGCCCUUGCCAUGAUGUACCUUCAGUCCAACAACGAGGCGGUGGCGGCGCGCCUGGCCCCGCCAGCAACGCACUUCGCCCUCGAGUUUGUGCGCCCCGACUUCAUCCUCCUGCGCGUCCUCGCGUGCUCCCUCAUCCUCUGGGACAGCGUGCAGCCAUCGGAGGAGUGGGUGGCAGCACAGGUGCCGCGCAUCAUCCGCACUGCCGCUGCUGCCACUGGGGGAGGGGAAGAAGAGAGGGGUGCGGGGGAAAAUGAGGGGGAGGGGGGCGUGGGGAAAGGGGCGAGGGAGGGCGGAGGGGAGGGGGAGGCGGAUGUGGAUGAGGAGGCGAUGGCUUUGGCGCUGUGCAAUGUGCUGGCAGGAUGCUGCCUCUCCAUCGGUGAGUCGCACCAUGCCACGUGCUGCCUCUCCAUCGGUGAGUCGCACCAUGCCACGUGCUGCCUCUCCAUUGGUGAGUCGCACCAUGCCACGUGCUGCCUCUCCAUCGGUGAGUCGCACCAUGCCACGUGCUGCCUCUCCAUCGGGCUGCGCUAUGCAGGUUCAGCCAAUGGUGAAGCAGAGAAGCUUCUCCGAAGCUACGCGCUGCUGUUCUUCUUCCUCCGAGAGCGCCGUCCCCUCACGGCCGUGGCCUGCCCGUUCGCCGUGCCGCUGCUGCACUGGCGGGCGCUGCUGGACGCGCGCACCCUUGACACCGCUGUCAACGCUGCCGUGCUCUCCCUCUCCCUUGUCAUGGCAGGAACGGGCCAUCUGCCGUCGCUGCGUCUGCUGCGUUUUUUCCACCGUCGCACCGCUGCUGCUGCCGAUGCCGCUGCUGUCAACGCCGCUACCACCUAUGGCUCACACAUGGCGGUGAGCAUGGCAAUCGGUUUCCUGGGCCUGAGUGCCUGCCAGGCCACCUUCUCCACGUCGCCCCCUGCUGUGGCGGCGCUGCUGCUCGCGCUCUUCCCGCACUUCCCCUCCUCGCCCGCCGACCACCGCUGCCACCUGCAGGCGUUGCGGCAUUUCUGGGUGCUGGCGGUGGAGGAGAGGGCGUUCGUGGAGGCUGUGGAUGUGGACACGUGGCAGCCUGUCAUUGCUCCACUGCACCUCACCCUCAAGCCCUCUGACUCGUCCACUCCAACCGCGCUGUCGCUGCACACGCCGUGCCUGCUGCCGCCGCUGCCUCAGGUGCUCUCUCAUUCGCCUCAGGUGCUCUCUCAUUCGCCUCAGGUGCUCUCUCAUUCGCCUCAAAUGAUCUUUCCACUGGGUUCAGGUGCUGCUCUUGCUGCAGGUGUUGAAGAAAGGCAGCUCUGGGAAGCAAGCACACAUGGGAUGUACACAUGCCCUCCAACUAACUCACUAUGCCACGCUGCCAUGCCUCUUCUGCUGCCUGCUGUCACCCCAUCCUUCCCUCUUCUGCUGCCUGCUGUCACCCCAUCCUUCCCUCUUCUGCUGCCUGCUGUCACCCCAUCCUUCCCUCUCCCUGCCGCCCCCACCUACCGCCUCACUUUCUGCCUCCCUCUCUUUCCUCCCCAUCCUUCCCUCCCCGUUCCCCCACUCCCAUCAGCUGAGGGAGCUGCGGCUGUGUGGCGGCAACUUCUGGCCGCUGCGAGUGGCAGCGAGGAUAGCAGGCAGUAUGGGGGCAUGCAUGUGCAUGCAUGGGGCAUGUAUGUGGCAUGCAUGUGGGUGGCUUGCGUGGUUGCAUGGGAAAUGCCAUGUGGCAUGGUGCGAGUGGUUGCAUGGGAAAUGCCAUGUGGCAUGGUGCGAGUGGUUGCAUGGGAAAUGCCAUGUGGCAUGGUGCGAGUGGUUGCAUGGGAAAUGCCAUGUGGCAUGGUGCGAGUGGUUGCAUGGGAAAUGCCAUGUGGCAUGGUGCGAGUGGUUGCAUGGGAAAUGCCAUGUGGCAUGGUGCGAGUGGUUGCAUGGGAAAUGCCAUGUCGCAUGGUGCGAGUGGUUGCAUGGGAAAUGCCAUGUGGCAUGGUGCGAGUGGUUGCAUGGGAAAUGCCAUGUGGCAUGGUGCGAGUGGUUGCAUGGGAAAUGCCAUGUGGCAUGGUGCGAGUGGUUGCAUGGGAAAUGCCAUGUGGCAUGGUGCGAGUGGUUGCAUGGGAAAUGCCAUGUGGCAUGGUGCGAGUGGUUGCAUGGGAAAUGCCAUGUCGCAUGGUGCGAGUGGUUGCAUGGGAAAUGCCAUGUGGCAUGGUGCGAGUGGUUGCAUGGGAAAUGCCAUGUGGCAUGGUGCGAGUGGUUGCAUGGGAAAUGCCAUGUGGCAUGGUGCGAGUGGUUGCAUGGGAAAUGCCAUGUGGCAUGGUGCGAGUGGUUGCAUGGGAAAUGCCAUGUGGCAUGGUGCGAGUGGUUGCAUGGGAAAUGCCAUGUGGCAUGGUGCGAGUGGUUGCAUGGGAAAUGCCAUGUGGCAUGGUGCGAGUGGUUGCAUGGGAAAUGCCAUGUGGCAUGGUGCAAGUGGUUGCAUGGGAAAUGCCAUGUGGCAUGGUGCGAGUGGUUGCAUGGGAAAUGCCAUGUGGCAUGGUGCGAGUGGUUGCAUGGGAAAUGCCAUGUGGCAUGGUGCGAGUGGUUGCAUGGGAAAUGCCAUGUGGCAUGUGUUUUUCCUUUGCCUUUGCUCCUUCCUCUCUUUUUCCAAUUCUCCUUGCGCUCCUGUCGUCCUCACUUCUGCCCAACUCUUCCCACCCGUCCCUGCGAGCCAUGAGGGGGAGGCGGCGAGGGGGGCAUGGUGCAGUCGCUGCAGGGGGGGGUGGGGGGCGGAAGGCGGUGGGGAGCGCAAUGGGAGCGGGUGUAGGUGGGGAGGGCAGUGGGGGCCGGCACCUGGUGCUGCUGGUGAAGGGGCGGGGGGCACAGGCUGGCAGCGGUGGGGGUGCUGCAGCAGUGGGCAGGACAGGAGACCCCAGGUCCCGCAUGGGGGAGGUGAGCGAUCAUGUGCGCUUGCAUGCUCCCUGCCCCGCUCACUGCCCCUUCCCCGCUUUCCCCUUCAUUACAGCACUUGAGACUUGCAAUCUUCACUCCCACAACACAGCCUUGGCCUCUUGCAUCCAGCUAGUGCUGUCUUGCAUCCAGCUAGUGCUGUCUUGCAUCCAGCUAGAGCUGUCUUGCAUCCAGCUAGAGCUGUCUUGCAUCCAGCUAGAGCUGUCUUGCAUCCAGCUAGAGCUGUCUUGCAUCCAGCUAGAGCUGUCUUGCAUCCAGCUAGUGCUGUCUUGCACCCAGCUAGUGCUGUCUUGCAUCCAGCUAGAGCUGGCUUGCAUCCAGCUAGAGCUGUCUUGCAUCCAGCUAGAGCUGUCUUGCAUCCAGCUAGAGCUGUCUUGCAUCCAGCUAGUGCUGUCUUGCAUCCAGCUAGUGCUGUCUUGCAUCCAGCUAGAGCUGUCUUGCACCCAGCUAGUGCUGUCUUGCAUCCAGCUAGAGCUGGCUUGCAUCCAGCUAGAGCUGUCUUGCAUCCAGCUAGAGCUGUCUUGCAUCCAGCUAGAGCUGUCUUGCAUCCAGCUAGAGCUGUCUUGCAUCCAGCUAGAGCUGUCUUGCAUCCAGCUAGUGCUGUCUUGCACCCAGCUAGUGCUGUCUUGCAUCCAGCUAGAGCUGGCUUGCAUCCAGCUAGAGCUGUCUUGCAUCCAGCUAGAGCUGUCUUGCAUCCAGCUAGAGCUGUCUUGCAUCCAGCUAGUGCUGUCUUGCAUCCAGCUAGUGCUGUCUUGCAUCCAGCUAGAGCUGUCUUGCAUCCAGCUAGUGCUGUCUUGCAUCCAGCUAGAGCUGUCUUGCAUCCAGCUAGUGCUGUCUUGCAUCCAGCUAGUGCUGUCUUGCAUCCAGCUAGAGCUGUCUUGCAUGCAUUGGCAACUGCUCUCAUCACCUUCUCAUUGCCUCCCGCUUUCUCUCAUUCUGCAAUUCCCUCUCAAUCCUUCCUUUCCCCCACUCCCCCAUCAUCCCUUCCCCCACUCUCCCAUCAUCCCUUCCCCCACUCCCUCAUCAUCCCUUCCCCUACUUCCCCCAUCAUCCCUUCCCCCACUCCCCCAUCAUCCCUUCCCCCACUCCCCCAUCAUCCCUUCCCCCACUCCCCCAUCAUCCCACUCCCCCAUCAUCCCACUCCCCCAUCAUCCCACUCCCCCAUCACCCUUCCCCCUUCUUUCCCCGCCCUUUGCCGUCCCGUGCAUCCCUGGCCAUCUCUCCCUCCAUCCCCUCUGCCCUGCAUACUCUCCUUUCCCUCACUUAUUCUACAUGCCCCUCCUACCUUGCAUGACCACGCACCCCUAUACACUCUGCACACCCACCUCUUUCCCCCCCCUGUCUCUUUCACCCAACCUCACACCCGUCAUCUCACACACGUCCCUCCACACAUUCCCCUUGGCCUCGCUCGGCCAGUUGCCGCCCGUCUCAGCGCGGAGCAUGGCAGCCGCCCUGCCAGUGGCCGACCCCGUCCUAUCCGCCUUCCACCGCCUCUUCUGCCGCCCCCUGCCGCGCUCCGCUGUUCAACCGCAUGCAACCUCAAGCCAUGAGGGCUUCUCAUCGGCUUGCCAGGCAGCGCUGCUCAUGGCGCACGCAGCGGAGCAGCCGGAGCUGCUGGAGGUACUCCUCUCUCUCGCCACCACCUGCCAGGCCGUGCGCUCGCUGCAUCACUCGCACACCACCUGUGGCUCCGCACUGCCCUGCCUCGUCUCCUCCUUCCAGGUGACCUCCUCCUGCCUCUCACCCGCAACUUCAUUUCCCUCCACACAGCCUUGCAAAGCCGAGGGUCAAGGGGCGAGUUGUGGCAUCGCUGGCACAUCAAGCACCGUAACAGUGGCGUAUGGCAACACGAUGGAAUUCCAUCGCAGGCACCUUGAGCCGUAG